CCAUUCCAUUGAACGCGCCUUCGCCUUGUUGGACGCGGAAUUAUGACGUCACAUCACCGAAAGCCAGUCGCUUCAGAGCUGGAAACAAUUCUUCCCUGCAGUUUUUUUAAAGCAAUUUUAUCAAAGAAACAACUGCAAUGUCUGUGAAUUAUGCUGCCGGACUCUCACCGUACGCAGACAAGGGCGUGUGCGGACUUCCAGAGGCAUUUGAUAGCCCCGAAGAGCUGAAAGCGAAGGUGGCAACCCUUGCUAACCUGGUAAAAGAGUCCAAGUACAUGGUCGUGCACUCUGGAGCAGGAAUCAGUACUUCAGCGGGCAUCCCUGACUUCAGGGGUCCAAAGGGUGUGUGGACCUUGGAGGAAAAGGGAGAGACGCCUCAUUUUGAGACAACGUUUGAAGAGGCCCGACCCAGCCUGACUCACAUGGCCCUGCUGGGACUCCAGCGGGCCGGAUACCUCAAGUAUCUCAUCAGCCAAAAUGUGGACGGUCUGCAUGUGCGAUCUGGUUUCCCAAGGGACUUGUUGUCAGAGCUUCAUGGAAACAUGUUUGUGGAGGAGUGCGAGAAGUGUUGCAGGCAGUUUGUCAGGGAAAAGGUGAUUGGCGUGAUGGGCCUCAAACCCACGGGACGGUAUUGCGAUGUGGUGCGCUCCAGAGGACUCAGAGGCUGCAGAGGGAAAUUGAUUAGCACUAUACUGGACUGGGAAGAUGCACUUCCUGACAGAGAUCUGAACAAAGCAGACAAUGCAAGCAGACAAGCUGACCUGGCACUGACGCUGGGCACCUCCAUGCAGAUCAAACCCAGCGGAGACCUUCCACUCGUCACCAAGCGCAAAGGCGGCAAAGUCGUCAUUGUCAACCUGCAGCCCACCAAGCACGACAAGCAUGCACACCUCCGCAUCAACGGCUAUGUUGAUGAUGUAAUUAAGCAGCUCAUGGAGCACCUGGGGUUGGACAUCCCAAAGUGGGAGGGGCCAACUGUGUGUGAGAGCUCCACUGCCGCACUGGAGGGCACGCCCGACAUCAAGCCCCCGCACUCGCUCAGUCCGGAUGUGAAGUUCAAAGGUGAGCUCAUUAAGAAGAAGAAACGAGAUGCAGAAAGCAACACCAUCAAAGAAGAGACGGUUUCGGUAAAGAAGGAGAGGAAAGAUCCUCCAGUGGGGAUAAAAGAUGACAAGUAGCCUCAGGUGCUGUCCUUAUCAAAAAUAUUUCCUGCCUUGAGAAACAAGCUUCUCACCAGUUUGAUCACAAAAGAUGGAGGUUCUAGUAUCCCUUUAUGCCCACUGGAGCUUACUAUCUUGAUCUCCAUUCUCCCUUCUCUCAACAUUACUUAAGUGAGGACUCCUCAGCUUGUAGCAUCAUAAAAUGACACUCAUGGGAGGCAAAUACUGUUUGAUGGAUAUAAAAAGUCUAUACAACUCUUGGUCAAUUGCCAGGUUUUUGUGAUAUAAAAACAUAUGCCAAGAUAAAUUUUAAAAAUACUUGUUCACCUCAAUUGUAGGGUGUGUAAAAAUACAAAAACACAAAAAACUGAGAUUGUUGUUGCACCAAUGUACGGACCCUUUUAUAUUGAGGAUGCGGCUGUGUUUGGAAUUAACCAAUCACAUUCCAAACCCAUGUUAAAUGGGAGUUGGCACACACGUGCCACCAUUUAACCCUCAGGUUGCGUUGGAAUUUAGUAGCCAAAUGAAGUUAUUCGUUACAAAAAAGACGCAAGCUCUUCAAAGCUCUUCAACCUCUCAAAUGUUCAGCAGCUUCUGAUCUAUCAAUAAAUAGGUAUAUAUAUAUAUUUUUUUUUUGUUAUGCCCUAUAUGGGAAAUAAAAGGAGUAUUGUGUUAUGACCAUAACUCUAAAUAUGGCAUAUUUAAAAAAAAAAAAAGAAAAUUUCAAAGUGGAGUAUUUGAUAUGAGGUCAUUAGAGCCUUGAAGGAGUCAGUAAGUCACAACAUUUUUUCCCCCCCCCCCAUUAUCAUUUUGGAGAAAUGGCUGUUUAAAAAAAAAAAAAAAAAAAAAACUCCUUAGGACACGUUUGUGGCAAAAAACACACAGGCACUUACAUGUCAUAACUAAGCCAUAUAUGCUUUAUUUUAUUUUUUCUUUCAAUCUCUCAAAAUGUUCAGCAGCUUCUGACCUAUCCAUAAAUAGUUUUUAUUUUAUUUUAUUUAUUUAUUUAUUUUUGUUAUGCCCUCAAUGGACAAUAAAAGCUGUAUUGUGUUAUGACCAGAACUCUAAAUAUGCCAUAUCUUCAAAUAAAAUUCAUUUCAAAUUGGAAUAUUUUAUGAGGUAAUUAGAGCCUUGAAUAAGUCAAUAAAUCAUAACACAGAUUUUGAUGCAAUAAGAAAUAUUAUGUGAAAACAACAACCAACUACAAUGAAACAACAUGAAUAAACAACAGGAAAUGAACAAAAGGGAAUUAACAACAGGCAAUUAACUAUUUCAACUAGUUUACAGUUUAUUUCUCAAAACAAUCCCCACACACCUUUUGUGUGUUUUUUACAAAUGUGACAUGCACCAAUUGAAGACUCUCAGUGGUUUUGCGCACUUUAUGCACUGCUUGCGCUUGCUGCUGGGCUGCUGGUCCCCCUCAUCAAUCUGCUCCUCCCCACGGUGAGCUUGCUCCACCAGGCUGGCUGCAGCCUCUUGCCUGGGGAGAUACGUUCACUGCGCAAUUGUGGGCGCGAUGAGGGCUUUCCCCAACUCCUCCAAAAAUAGCCGGCUCCUGUAUGUUUUUCUCUCCUUCCAUGUAGGUUCCACUGACGUGAAUAGGACAAAUGCAUUGAUAAAUAUAUGAUAAAACAGGGUCAAGGGCCACCUGAAGGACCACCGGUGGCAGGAGUAAGUGCCACAAACCUGCCAAAAAUAAACAAACAUCAGAUGACAACUACUCAAAGAAAGCUUUGACAGAGACAUAUUUGACAAAAAAAACAAAAAGUAAUUAAUGCAUAAUUGUGCUUACCUGGUCUAGUUGAUCCACAGCGCCUUUGCAGGCGUUGUAGUCAUCUGGGGCUUUUUCUUCCCAUUUUCCUCGACCUGUGGCUCGCGAUGCCUUGUGCUUAAAGCAAGUAAAUUUUUUCCCCUUUUUAGGGCCAUAUGACACCAAUGUUCUGUUUUUCGUGAAUGCAAAAAGUGUUGAAAGAGGCUGUCGAUGUCCAAUGCUGAGAAGACUUGUCCUCCUCCUCUAACUUGCAAGUGGCUGAUGGAAAAAUGUAGUCCUCAUCAGAAGUUUCUUCUGUUGAAUUGCCUGACAAGGAAAUUUCCUCAUCAGUGUAUUCGAGAAGAGCAUCUCAGGCUUGCUCACAAGACAGUGUGCGUCGCAUGCCUUCUGAUUUGAAAAUUAACUGACCAAGGUGUUGAUAUUUGAAAAGCCCAGGGCAGAGGGACAUAUUCAAACCGGUACACUCUCCUCCCGACCAAUGAAAGAAGAACAAUACAAACCGGUUUGAAAAUAAACACAUGCAGAAAAUAUAGUCAUAUCUACACACACAAUAUACUUAUCUGCAUACUAAGACUUUGUAAGUGUUGUGGUGAAAUAAAACUGUAGCUGUAACACAAAAAAGGUUGUCAUAAUGGUGCCAAACACACACAAGCGCACAUACAAGACUGGCGAUUGCAUUUGGAUGUUUUGUUUCUAAAUAAAACUUUAAAAACAAAAAACAAAAAAAAGUCCCUCUGCAGCAGUCCAGGCCUGAAAAUUAUGUCGCGGUCUCUGGCGCCCCUCAGUGGGUGAAAAGUUUAAAUAUAUGCAAAUCUAUUUCUUUUUUUUCUGGACGAAAACAAUCAGAAACGUUGAGAAAUAAUAGGCAAAAGCAUUGUAAGACAUCAGCUUUACAGGGUAUUAAAAAAUAUUAUUUAUAAUGGGAGUCAAUGGGGCAAAAAAAGGACAGAAUCCUGUGUACUGGUGUAAUUCAUGUAACUCCUAUUUCUAAUGACUUGGAAAUUCGGUGAUGGUGCCAUUUUAAAGUUUAACUUGGUCAAACAUUUGUGGCUAAAUUUCAUCCCAGUAGCCUUUGUCUUUAAAUAUGUUGUCUUUGAUCAGAAUGUCGUCAUCAAAGUGUGCUAAAAAUGUCAUCAUUGCAAAGGAAGGGUUUUAAAAUGAUUAUAAUUUUUAGUUUUGCUUUCUAGCAGAGGCUUUUGUGCUAACACUCACUGCUAUUUAGAAUUGCUCAUAAUUCUCUCCACAUUGACUAGAAGGCCUCAGUUCCAACUGACGAAAAACUGCCUAAAGGAAUCAUGCUGCUGCCACCAUACUUCACUGUAGAUUUCAUUUAUUUUUCAAUUGAGUUGUACAUAUUAAUAUUAUGUUGAAAAACAUUUUGAACUGAUUUAUCUUACUCUCAUUUUUUGUAUGUCAAAACCUAGCAUUUGUACAGGGGUGUGUAGACUUUUUGUAUCCACUGCAUACGAGGAGCUUGGCUCUUUAGAUAUGGUCAUGUUUGCCAUGAAGCCCCAACAGGAUCCAGAAAACCUGUAAACAGCUUAAAAAUGUAGAGCCCCUGGGUAUAUAGUGAAUAAAAUUUGUAAUCAGCUGCAUUGAGGUGUCUGCAACGUAUUAAAUCUGUUUUAACAUUGA